GCCGCCCGCCCGCUUCGCCGGCAGACAGGCGGCGGCGAGCCCCGGCUGCCCCUGAGGCGAGAGGCUCCACAAGAUGGCGAGCGCGGGCUCCCGCGCCCUCCCCAAGAUGGCGGCGGGCGGCCCGGCGCUGCGGGCGGGAGCGCGGGAGAGCCGCGGCCGGACGGAGGCCCGCGGCCCGGCUCUCCCGGGGCGGCGGCAGCGGCCUCGGGUGCGCUGUGCGAAGGGGUCUCUGGACGGCGGGCGCCCGGCAACUGCCUCUGCUCAGCCCGAGGGCGAAGCGCCGCCGAGCCUGUGUUCUUCAAGCAAAGUGGAUGAUAGACGACCCACAAAGAGGCUAAAAAGUGAAAGAACCAGUCUAGUAAAACCAGAACUAGAAGGACUUACAUGUGGAAAUGAAAACCUUGCCAGAUUGGAGGAAACAGCUAAAACAUCUGAUGGGGACCAACAUUCGGAAGAUCCAGGAGACCGCAAUAUAAUGCAACAGGAAAAAGGUGAAAGCAUUCCAGAGACUAAUGAAGACAAACAGGAAAAGGAGCAUAAUGUUUCUUUUGGGCCAUGUGCGGUGAAAUCAAGCAGUGCUCCAUCAGAAAGGGAUGGUGCUGAAAAUCUGCACAGUCAUGCCUGCAGUGAAGAGGAGAGCAGCUGUGAGAGUGUACUUUCAGACGAGUCUAGCUUGGAGGAUGGAGGUCUCCCAAAGAAGCCGAUACAACUAGACAGUAGUGCUUUCUUGGAUGAAGACAGCAACCAGCCAAUGCCCGUGGACCGAUUCUUUGGAGAUGUUGAGUUUAUACAGGAUCUCCCAGCAGUUGCGCUCCCAAGAACAACGAUGAGCAGGCGAGAAUUCAGAAAGCUACAUUUCAUUGCAAAGGAAGAUGAGGAGGAGGAGGAAGAGGAUGCUGUCUGACAACAAACUGUAAACAAAUGAAACCUUUUUUCUUUUUCUUUGCAACCACGUAAUGAUGGUUAGCUAUGUCACUAACAUAAGGUGUCUGCGUUUGCCUUUUCUCAGAGAACUGGUAGAGUUUGUUUUUCUGGAAUUGGCAGAUAUGGUAUUCUCCCACGGUUAUCUGGGGCAGAGAUUGACUGAAUUUUCAGUGAUUUGGAAAUAAAUCGUAAUUUACCAUUUUACCAGUAAUAUUUAGGAAUAAAGCAGGGAAAAUAGAAGUUCUUACUGCUUUUUUAGAAAUUUGAGCGGGUACCUAGGGUGAACAUUUAGUCUCACUCCUUUUUAAAAACAGCCAAUACAACCACGUUAGAACAAGGUCCUUUUUCUUUUAAUUCUGCUUGUGGCAUCCAGUUAGGAAUGCCGCCAGUUGGCUACCCAGCACAAAGAGAGAUGCUGGCCUCUGUUCUGUAAGUUGUGUUGCAUUGUUUACAUCUAAACCAGAACCAGUUAAACCUCUAAACGCGGUUCUGCUGGCAAAACGAAAUGCACAGAUGUCAGUGUGAGUUCAGCAGUGUUAAUCUUUGGAAGUUAAGUCCGUUUUUAUUGCCUGUCAGUUCUCUGAACAGUCACCGCAUGAAGCUGACUGCUCCCCUCUUCCACCAGACCAGCCGUAAGCACUGCCUUUUUUAGUAGCUGUAUAAUGCAGCCUGUGCAGUAUUUUCAAUUAACUUCCAAGGGUUAUGAAUAGGAAUUUUGUAAACAAAUAUGCUGAUGGUGAGGAGGAAUAAAAUCUCUCAGCGUUGGACUCGAUAGAUGAACGGGUAUUGAUUGCUAAGGAUAUGGGUCAGGCACCAAAUUUGUUAAUUUGGCCUGUAUUUUUAGAAAAUCAUGAGUAGCCUGAGAUGAUUUCAGGAAACGUUAACUCGCCCAGUGUUUAUGAUAAUACUUCUUUUGAAAGUGUGAUUAUGCAGUAAGCUUCCAGAUCUUUAUUGUUAUAAAUAGUUUCUUCUACAUUUCUAAAAAUAUAGAGAAAAUGUUAUCAGCAGAUGGUUUAAAUAAAUAUUAAUUUCUACAGCUA